CUCGUCGUAAAUAUAUUUAUAAAUGGUGGUGUGUGCUCGUAAUGGAGUCUAAAGUAGUCGAUGCCCAAAACCAGCAUUCAGCAGCCGUUGGUAACAGUUCGAGGAACAGCAAUAGUAGUAGUAGUAAUACAACUGCUACUGCCACCAGUAGUAGUAGUAGUAGUAGUAACAACAGCAAUAGUAGUGGUGGUGGUGGUGGUAAUAAUAGCAAUAUUGGGGUAAACAACAACAGUUCUUUGGGAUGUCCCCCGAACAACAGUGUCAGCAGCAGCAACAUGAAUAAUAACAACAACAACAACAACAGCUGUACCAAUACCACUACUACUACCACCACAAGUAAUUCUAUAACAAACCAAACUAACAGCUGCAACAAGAAGAACCGGGAAGUUAUCAAUAAUUCUGAUGACCAAUGCUCGACUAUUUCUUCAAGCAAAAUCGAUAAUGUGUGUUCGUCUUCGGACUUAGUAAACACGGCCCGCGGCAAUGCAACUCCUUCGAAGUUACAAAAACCCAAAAGUGACUCAAACCAAACGGAUUGUAAUAAACGGGAAUCUGCGGACGAUAAGUGCGAAAGCUCGUCCUCUCUUACAAACGCAUUUUCGUCGGUUUCGGGAUUCUCCCAGUUGCAUUCAACUGCUUCAAAUGAUACCUCACACCUCACUUCUUGUUUCAACCACUGCACAAAUACCUCUGUAUCAAACUCGAAUCCUUCUCACAUUUAUCCUUGUUCCUAUUCAGUGCCUUUUUCUGAUUCGAACACACACCGUCCGAUAAGUGGAGGGGCAUCUGCGAACCCAUCGGUGUCCCGCGCUGCUGGCAAUUCAAGCACAAGUGGGGGCCCUUACAACUGGCAGGCCUCCAAGAUAUCUGUCCGAGAACGACUGGCUUACCUCUACAACAAUGAUGUUAUGAGCGAUGUGAAGUUCCGUGUUGGCAAGGCUCCUGACUCGCAGAUAAUCCCAGCGCACAAGUUCGUUCUCUCUGUUGGCAGUGCUGUCUUCGAUGCUCUUUUCAACUGGAUGAAGACCAGUAACUACACACACGAAAACCUCAUUGAAAUUCCGGAUGUGGAGCCGAGCGCCUUCUUGGCUUUGUUGCGAUUCCUCUAUUGCGACGAAGUCCAAAUUAAUCCCGAAACCGUCAUGACUACUCUGUAUGCCGCUAAAAAAUACUCUGUGCCAGCACUGGAGAAGGAAUGUGUUGAAUUUUUGAAAGGUAACCUCUCCAGUGACAAUGCCUUUUUGUUGCUCAGCCAAGCGAGACUGUUUGAUGAGUCACAUUUAGCUUCACUCUGUCUGGAAACUAUAGACAAAAACACUUCGGAGGCCCUCGCGGCUGAAGGCUUCACAGAUAUAGAUCUCGACACAAUGGCCGUAGUUCUUGAAAGGGACUCUUUAGGAAUCCGUGAAUGCAAGCUGUUCACGGCGGUUUGUCGUUGGGCUGAAGCCGAAUGUAUUCGACAAAAUCUGACAGUUACGCCAGCUAACCAAAGGAAGGUUCUUGGUAAGGCACUUCACCUUAUCAGAUUCCCACUGAUGUCCGUUGAGGAGUUUGCUAGGGAUUCUGCUCAAUCUGGUAUCCUUUUAGAUAGAGAAGUUGUAGAUCUUUUCCUAUACUUUAUCAGUUCGAAACCGACAUCCAGCUUUUCAGAUGUGCCCCGUUGCAGUUUGACUGGCAAAGAACAAGUGAUAUCACGUUUCUGUCAAAUUGAGAGCCGAUGGGGUUACAGCGGCACAAGCGAUAGAAUCAGGUUUAUGGUGAACCGAAGAAUUUUUGUUGUUGGGUUUGGCCUCUAUGGGAGUAUACAUGGCCCCACGGAUUAUUUAGUCAACAUUGAAUUACUUCAUGCCGACACAGGUAAAGUUCUGGGCCAAAAUAACGGCACUUUCCACUGUGAUGGCUCUACUUCAACCUUCAGAGUCUUAUUUAAGAAACCACUGGAAGUGUUACCAAAUGUCAAUUAUACAGCAUGCACCACUUUAAAAGGUCCUGAUUCUUAUUAUGGCUCCCGAGGUCUGCGCCGAGUAACUCACGAAACUGUUUCAAGUGGCAAAGUUACUUUUCAGUUCACCUAUGCAACUGGCAAUAACAAUGGCACAUCUAUAGAAGACGGUCAGAUUCCAGAGAUUAUAUUUUACACAUAGUCCAAAUGAUUCCUUCCUUUUUCUUACCUCCCUAAAAAUAUCAGAAGAAUUUUUUCCCCCAAUCCAACUGCCUAAUUCCUAGUCUUCUGAUUUCUUUGGAAUCAAAAUCCAAUUUACUGCUGCUAUCCCUUUUGUAUGAACCAACAGUUUCCUGUUCCCAGAUGAAUUGAAACUUUCAUCUUUGGAGGACAGCUUCAAAGUAUUAUCCUGUCUAUUGAGCACACGACUCAUUGACUCAAUCCUGAGCCAGUAUUAAUUUGUGAUGAUAAAGAACAACAAUCUCUUGCGUAUACUGAAGAAAUCUCCUCUCAUCCCAGCCUCUAUAUCUUUUUGAUACAUUUUAAUCUAAUUCCAUGUAACUCUCACAACUAGGUACCAGCACAACAAUUAGUGUUCACAUAAAAUAGACAAUCAAUGCCCAGACUCUGCCAUGGACUGUUUAUAAAGUGCCUGCAUUCAUUAGAUCUGUCUCCAUAAGCCUGACAAUUUCUUGUUGCCAUUUCCCCCUAAUGUAAGUUGAAAUUUUAGAACUUGCAGUUGCAUGUCUGAUUAUUAAAUUCCUUGUUGGGAUUGAGAUAACUUGAAUUUUAAAUCAAAGGAAGAAGUCAUUGAAUAGAAAUAUUUUCAAAAUAUUUUCCUUAAACACACACACACACACACACACACACACACACACACACACACAGCAAAUGGACGCAUAUAUAUAUAUAUAUAUAUAUAUAUAUUUGCCCAUUGAACAAAAUUGCUGUAUUUCUUAAAUAGCUUGCUGAUAAAAGUUAUCUAUCAAAAUGGAACCAGAACGAGAAGGCAGUGCCAAAUUCUUGGUUCCUUCCUUUUGUUAUUGGGCUGUUUUUGCCUAAUCUUUCAAGAGCUGUAUUUUAUACUUUGCUUUAAACCAGUGUCUGGAUUCUUUUGUGAUAUCAAACCAUUCUGUCCCUGCUGGCCAGUGGAAUUUGGGCUCAUAAUGGGGUUUCUUUUUUUGUUUUCUCAUCUAGUCUGUAUCUUUUCUGUAAUUCACUUGAGUCAGAAUUCAUGUACAUUUUUCUUUGAGGAGUAGCUAUUAUGAAGCAAAAAAUUUGAAACCUGUAAUAAUAUGUGUAUAUAUAAUCUAUUUUCCCAAAUAGAGUAGUUUUGGAGUUAGUUACCAAUAUUGUGAAGCAUGAAAUUGCAAGUGUUCGUUUUGGAAUGUCCUUAAUUGUAGAGUAAGAUUUCUUGUAAUAUUCUCCUGGUUAACUGCCAAUUCUUAUGUGAAACCAAUUAAUUACCCCUCCCCCUUUUUUUUUAUUAAGGCAGAUCUUUGGAGAUAUGUUUGUGUUUUAUAUUAUUGUAAUUGAACCAUUUGUUGUGUUGUAGAUUCUGAGUUCCAUGGAAAUUGACUUAGUUGAGGUUUUACUGUAAGUAUUUAGAAAAACAUAGUUCUUAGCAAGUAUAAAUGGUGUGGAAACAGAUGUCUGUGAUGCACUAAAAUUGUUUGACUUAGAGAAAGGAUAUCAUCUCACCAUUUUGAUAUUUCAACUAAUCUUUCUUUUGAACAGUGAAAGAAACAUUUAAAAAUAUUUUUAACUUUUAGUUUUUCUUUUAAAUUUCAAGAGAAAGAAAAUCUGAUCAAAUUCUAGAUGUCCCUGAAAGUUGAGGCUUCAUUAAAGGCCUGCCGCAAUGGGAAAAACAAGAAUAGGGUUGUGUGUUGAUAUCUUUUUUCUAGUUUCUUUUAAAGAAUGGGGCUUGGAUAAUUUCUACUUCAACUAGGGCCAAGGAAUAAUUAAACGAGAUUUUUAUUCUCUUGAUAUUCAAGGUUCUUACUGUUCCAUUCUUUCAGGAACAUUUGUUUCAUAUUGUUCUGUCAUAUUUCAUAGAUUGCAUUUUAUUUUUUUAUAUAAAUAUAUCUGGCAACAAAAAGCUGAUACUUUGUAAAUUAGUAAAUUGUUAUUGAUUUAAAUUCUAACCUUGUAUGGUUUUAGUAUUUCCGUGUGUUCCGCCAUGCUCUGUGCCAAAAUGAAGUUAAAGAAAAACAUUUUUUCCGUCCAACUGGAUAAGAACACAAAUUACCCCCCCCCUUUUUUUUUGUCUCAGUUCAUUUAAUGGUGAUACUUUUAUAUUUUUAUUAUUUUCCAGACAUAUUCACUUUUAAUAUUUCACUGUUUUGUUGAUGUUAGUCAAGCAACCCACAGGUGUCUCUCUCUCUCUCUUGUGAAAAAAACAAUUUACUUUGCUUCGUUUUGGAAUUCAAAUCUAAACAUUGAUAUUUACCAGUAAAUAAAGUGAAGCUUUUCAAUGCAGAUUUGAGAUCUUCAAAUGCUGACAUUUAAUAAUUUAUAAGGGUGGGGAGGCCCUUUCGGCUUGCUUCUAACCCUGUCAAACAAAAUGGCCAACCUUUAGAACAGUAUUUUAUGACAUGUUUGUGUUUUCUUAUUUUCAAAAGAGUAUCAGCUGUGUUCUUUGUAAGAUGUGUGUGGAGACUAUUUCUUGGAUUCACACACUUUCUAAGGAGGUAACUGACUAAUGUAGCUUUACAAUGUUACCAGGAUGUGGUUGUCAAACUGUUUAGAUUUACUAUCAGUGUGAUGUAGUGUUUCUGGACCCAUUGGUCAGAAGUUCAAACCUGACAACUGGUAUUGCCUUGUUUUUUGGUUUUUUUUUUCAUCUACAAGGUAUUUACUCAACUUUCUGUAUAAUAGGUGCCUCUCUAAUGCUAGAAUUAAUAGCAGUAAGAAGACGUCAUUGAAAUAUUAAGUACAUUUUCAAUAAUUAUAGCAUCUCAGAUUUACAGUUGAGUGGAAGAAAAAUAUGAAAGUUCGUUGUGGGUGAAAGAUGUUUUAUGAAUGGUGAAAUAUCACCAAAAGUGUUUGUAACUAAUUUUGUUACUAAUGUUAUUGUUAUUUAUUCUACAAAUGGAAUAAUAGAGUAAAAGAUGUUUUAAGCCUUAAGGAACAAUUAGCUGAAGCUCUUUAGGAUCUCAUAUUCCAAAGGUGUGCUUGGCUAUUUCUGCUGAAGGCCUACAUUUGCCUUUGUCUCUAGAUCAACAAAAUAAACAAAAUACUGGGAAUAAAUUACAGAAAAUUGUAAGAAAGAAAAUUAAGUGCCCCUCUCCUGGUCUUGUUUUUUUUUUUCCCUCCCCCACUUUUUCCUCUUCUCUCCCUGUUAAAUAUAUUCAAGUUUAAUGGAUUCACUAGUGUCCUUGAUGAAGAUACCGUCCCUAAUCUUGUAAGCAACCUUACUUGAAAUUUAACAUUUUUCUGGUAGUCUUUCAGAAUAUUAAAAAAAAUAGUUUUUGAAAUGUUCAAAUUGAAAAUUUUCUAGCCUUUAGGCUGAUUUGAAAAGAUUGGCAUUAAAAAAAACAACAACUUUUUUUUCUUUCCCGCCAAUUUAAUCUAUACACAGUUUGUUUAUUGUAUACAGAUGUACAACCCUUUGACAGUUUUAUCAAUAUUUUAUUUCAUUUCUUAACCUUGAUCUGCUUCUUUCUUUUUACUCUUGUAUAUUUGAUCUGCUGAUCACAAAUAUUCUCCAUUCUUAAGAGAUACAACCCUCUGCAUGAACCUUGUAAUCAGUAUUAUUCUUAGGGUAAACCUGCAAUAUCUGGUUUUCUGUGACCUCUCUACUACAGACAUUUUUUUUUUUUUAUGCACAAAAAAAA